AUGGAUCCGGGGAUACCUAAUCGGCCAACAAGGCGGGACGACUUUGAAGUCGCUAUCAUCUGUGCCCUGACUCUCGAGGCUGACGCCGUCAUUACUCUUUUCGAUCAUCACUGGGAAGGCGAUGGUUUCUCUUACGGCAAGGCUAGAGGCGACACGAAUGCUUAUUCAAUUGGUGUCAUUGGGCAACACAAUGUGGUCUUGGCCCAUCUACCGGGAAUGGGUAAAGUCUCUGCAGGCAAUAUAGCUGCCUUUUGCCGCAUGAGCUUUCCGAAUAUCAAGCUAGCACUGCUUGUUGGUGUAUGUGGCGGCUCGCCUUAUUAUAAUAACGGCAAAAGCCAAAUACGUCUCGGCGACGUGGUUGUCAGUACCGGUAUUGUUUAA